AUGGUGACCAAAGUGAAGAAGCUAUGUGGGAUUGGGCCAUCAAAUCUGUUGGAGCUAAGAUCGAUUGUGACGAAUUUGGAGCCCAAUGAAAAAGGCAAUGGCCCCUCUAACGAAUUGUUUCUAGCUCUGAGCAAAGUUAAUUUUUCGAAUUGUGUCAAAUUGGGAAGGGUACCUCUCAAGCUAUUGGAGCUCAAGUCUAAAGCUUCCAGAUUAACAGAUAUGUCGUCUGAUAGAAGAUUUCUGCUAAGAUCGACAAUCAGACAAUUUCCUAAUGAUGGCGGCAAGGAACCGGAGAUUGAGUUUGACGAGAGGUUGAGAGUGAUCAAAGUCGUUGAGUUGAUCUCUGGAAUGGGACCUGAAAAUGUAUAA